AUGUCGACUCCCACAGAAGACACGCCUGUCAUGUCGACUCCGACGGAAGAUGAGCCCGUGUCAGCUCCCACAGAGGACAACCCCGUGUCAACCUCCACAGACAACCUCUUGUCCACCUCCACAGAAAACACGCCCAAUUCAUCAACCACGCCCUCCCCACGAGACGAUCUGGAGAAAAGAAUCUCCCUCCUCGAAUCCAAAGAGUGGUCGCAUGAAGAAUUUUACAAAGCCAUGAUCUCCACCGUUACCAGGCUCGAGCAAAGGAUUUCCAACAAAGCCGGACAAGUCUUUGACAUCAUUGUCAAAGAGGUGUAUAACGCAGCGGAGCUCAUGAAUGAUAACCACCACAUGGCAUCUACCCUUGAGGAGGCUCGACAGAAGUUGGCACUCGAACGCAACCAAGGCAUUGCCUGGAAUCAGGCGGUGUCUCUGAGAGAAAAGCUGGUCAACGACCGAGAGGACAAAGUCAACGAAAAGGCGCGGAGGCGAGAGGUUAAGCUUGACGAGCGGGAGCAGGAGCUUUCCCUGCGUGAGCACACCGUGAAGCGACAAGAAGAGGCCCUCAAGGCUGGCUCGGUGCAGGUGCGAAGGGACAAGGAGGAGCUAAAGGAUAUGGUGGCAAAACUACAGAAAGAGAAAGGGAGGCCUUUGACGGAAGAGACCGAGGAAGAGCGAAUGAGGUUGCUGGAUGUGGCGACGGAGAUGCUGAUGAAGGAGAAAAGGGCCGAGUUUGAAAUUGAAUGGGAGGCAAAGAAACGGACCCUCGGUGAGACACAGCGUGCGGCGGCAGAGCUUUUGAGGAGGGAGGGACAGGAACGAAGCCAGUUUUGGGGGUUGUAUCCCAAGAAGCGGAAGGCAGAUAAUAUGGAGUAG